CUACGCGUCUCUAUCUCCAUGACAACCGUUGCCACGCCCACCGUCAACAUACCGGUAGUUAACUACCCCUUGCAAACUGAGAUUUAAACUGAGAUGGAGGAUGAAGAAAAGAACCACCACAAAUCACACACUUCACAGUCAUCACAGACGUCCUACUUCUGCCAGGGUGGAGAUACACCCAAAGUCCAGAUUCCCUAUGAAACCCGUCCCGGCGAGAUCCCCCGCAAGUUAGCGAUAGAAAGAUAUCGAAGGGAAUACUUGAAGGUAGAUUUUGAACAGCUUCUAGCAGGAAAACGUAUAGCCUCUGAUCUCCUAAUGCCAAAACAUCUGAACAAUAGUGAUGAGCAUGGGACUACACCAGAUGAUCCUGUUUCAGCCUACCUCCCACUAGAGAUGUUUGACAAUGAGGAGUAUGACUGCAGGACACCAGAGGACUGGCUUGCUCUGGGAAAUGCUGAGGGAUCACCUGGACAAAAACCUGUUCCUGCAAAAGCUCUUCUGCCUGCUGACGAUGAGACCCCUUCUGAUGACCCUCAGAGUCCACCCCUGAGGUACAGCUGGCAUGUAGUUGGGGUACUAGACUAUAGCAAAGAGAAAUGUCAGUACCUGGUACAGAAGGUUCACCAAAACACUAGACAGGCAGAUGAGAGCAAAAAUCCAAACAAAAAACACAGAAAGGGAAUAAGCCUGUUGGUAGCAGGCAGUAAAUACUGGGUGCCCAGGAUCAGGUUGUUAUUCAGGGCUGAGGACCCACUUGUCUUUGUUGAACGGAUCCAGUUUGCUCUGCGCUACAGGGAGCACACAGAGGCUCUGAUCUUCUACCACUUGUCUGUGGAGUGCAUGCCCAUCUGGCCGGGAGCACCAUCUCUCAGCGCUGACAGUCUUGAGCACAUGAAAAGACUCGUGCUAUCAGCUCCUGGCCUGAGGCUAAAAAAUUUGGAGAAUUGUAUAGAGGACUUGGAGAAGGAGAUCAAACUGGAAUAUGAUCAUACUAUGAACUCCAUGAUCUUUGAAAAAGUAGUGAUGAGCCAUCCUGAGGAGUUUCCACACAUCACCCUUCCGCAGAGGGACUCUGAGUGUGUACCACAAACUGGUUGCGUUCCAGUUCCUCACUUUGACUAUAAGAAGAGGCGAGAUGCAUUUGUCUUCACCUCUAUGCUAACAAAGCCAGAGGUGAUCUGUGUGUUAUCCAAAAUGUGGUCUGAGUGCAACAAAGUAGUAACAAUGACGCUGUUCAAUGUCACCUCGGUCACGCCUCUUCAACUGGACGAAUUUGUAGACAUCCAGUCUAAAAUUCACACCAAGACAAACUCGUUGCUUAGGACGACAUGGACAGACACUCUGAGAAACAACAUUUCUAGCAAGCUGGCAACUACUGGCAAGGGCGCCUACAACAUAAACGAGUCUCACUGGGAGAUUUACAAGAUGUCCAAACUGUACAAACUGAUGACUGUGGUCCGUUUGAAUCAGCAGGAUUCUUUGCGUCAUCUUGUGCUGGAUUCACUGGCCAGCCUGACUCAGCUGCUGCUGGACGCCUGCCACAGUGUGCUGACGUGUCCUCAGGACCUUGUAUGGGGGAGUGACCUUCUCACCAGCCCCUACAAGCCAAAGAAAAAUCCUCUGUUCCUUUUGGAUUUAGUUCUGGACCAGACUGGGGUUCAUUACAGCACUUCUCUGGGGAUGUUUGAGACAUCAAUUGUUACACUGUUUGAUAAGGGCAUUCAGGCUACAUACAGUGUCCCACAGCUUGAUAAGUUUGUGAUGAAGAAUUUGUUUAUUGGUGAUGAUCCGUUGCUCGAGUCAGUAAAGUUGUGGGAACCAGAAGUAACUGAGCUGAGAGAAAAAGUCCGCAAUGCUCUGAUACAAGCAGCUAUACCUCUCAGGGCUUAUGCUGCUGAAUACGAGAAGCAUUUAGAGCUACACAACUUGGACGUGGAAACUCUUCUCAAAUCUCAUAAUUUCGAACAGACAUCCCAAGAGCUGAAGAAAGAGGUGGAACAGCAUUUCAAAGAAAAGGAGAGGAUUGAACUCUCCUUGCCAUCCUCCAUUGUGAUUGGUCCAUUUGUUGUCCAUGUGGAAGGUGUACGUCUGUCUCUCAGCCAGAAAAGAAAGGCUUUAGCCAAUGCACUGCUGGACAGAUUUGUUCUGAAGCUACGCAAUCAGAUCGAUAAUGCAUGUGAAGAGUGUCACAUUAUAAGCAGAAAGCUACAUGAGAAACCCAACAGCAUUGAGGAACUGACUGAAAUGAGGGAAUGGAUGAAACAAAUCCCAGAGCUGCUCAAGAGUUUCAAGGAACAUAUUGACAAGAUCUUACCAGACUAUGAGCUAUUUGAAGAGUUACGCUACUGUCUGACAAAUGAGGAGUUUAACAAAAAGUGGACGGCCAUUGGAUGGCCUCAAAGGAUAAUCAACCAGAUUGAAACAGCGACUCUCCGGCAUGUGGAGGAUGAGGAGAACUUCUGCAAGAUCCAUCUAGCUGAUCAGAACAACCUUGAGGAGCAACUAGACUCUCUACAGAUGUAUGUUGCUGGACUUGCGAGCCAUUCGGACACUGAUCGUGCCCAUGAGACUGCCAACAAAGUUAGACAUAUAAGCGAGAAACUUAUCAAAUGCCAGACUACGGCCCAAAAGUACAACACCAGAUCACAUCUGCUUGGUUUGCCUGUUAGAAAUUAUGACCGUUUAGAGAAGUUGAUGAAGGACCUCCAGCUUUUUAAAGACCUUUGGAUCACCACCUCUGAUUGGCUCCAGUGGACUGAAAGCUGGUUCAAAGACCCGCUGUCUUCAAUCGACCCUCAGCAGCUUGAGUGCAGCGUCACUGAUGCCCUCGAAAGCAUACACAGAUGUAUUGAACAGUUCAAGGACAUUCCUGCACUAGACUGUCAAAUGGCGGCAGCUGUAAUCCACAGCAAGAUUGAAGACUUCCGUUCUUACAUACCUCUAAUUCAGAGUCUGAGGAACCCCGUAAUGAGGAGCCACCACUGGAAGAUGCUUUCCGAACGCAUUCAGAUUAAAGUUCACCCCAAAUCCAGCUUGACCCUCUCCUGCUGCUUGGAGCUCGGCCUACAGAACCACAUGGAUGACAUAGUUCAUGUGGCUGACGUGGCUGCGAAAGAGUACAGCUCCGAACAGGACAGAUGAAAUCCAGAGCUUUUGCUGCUGAAAGAAGAGGAUGAUCAAACAUAUACAUUGAGAAAAUAUAUUUUAAUCAUAGGUUGGCAUAAACUGCACUGAAAUGUGACAUUGCAUAAGUAAUGACUUUCACACACAUCACAUCUAUAGAAAAUAUGUGAUUUAUAACAGACCUGAUGAGUUGUAUUUCAGUUGUUAUGUUGAACGUACCAACACGCAUACAGAGUUAGAGGGCAAUGCUGCCAUCUCAUGGACAGUCAGUGUCUGUAAAACAAUGUUCACGUUUACAAACUGCCACACAACACGCUUGUUGGUAUUAACUUUAAUGUCCCCAACAGGAAACAGAUUUUACUUAAUUUUACUUACUUCAACUAUUUAGUUUGUCUCAGUGUGUGAACUAUCAAAAAGCAGAUACAACUUUGUAAAGCACUUAUUUUGGCUUUUUAUUUCUCAACAUGCCUCUUAAUAAUAAUAUAAAUAAUACAAAAGGUAGCCACUGUUGUCAGCUUUCAACACCACAGAAAGUUAGGUUAGUUCUUCUGUUUUGUUUUACAGCUUCAGCUAAGUAAGUUUUUUUUUUCUAAUGUUUGAGUUUAUGUGAGUAAAGUUAUAUUUCACUGCUGUGAUUCAGUGUUGAUGGAAAUUACAACAUGCUGGUAUGUAUUAAAGUGUGAUUAUCAAUCA